CGAUGAGAUCGGAGUGACUGCCAUAGCAUUGUCUCCGAAUGGUGAUACUGUUGGGAGCGGAUACCUUGAUGGGAAAGUGAGAUUAUGGGAUGUCGAAACGGGGAAGGUCACUGCUAAGUGGACAGGACAUACUCGAUUCGUGCUGGCAGUGUGCUGGAGUCCAGAUGGUACGCGAGUGGCGAGUGGAUAUCAUGAUGGGACGGCAAGGAUGUGGGCCCUUGAGACCGGCGACUCAGAAACUAUCCUUGGCCCAAUCAAGACUGGACAUCAGCGGAUUCAACGAAAGUACAAUCAAAAUCUGGGAGGCCAAGACAGGCGAGCUGCUCGCCAUACUCGAUCACGACCCAUUGGCAGUCCACAGCUUUGCCUGGACAUCAGAUGAAAAGAAACUUAUCUCCGGGUCAUUCGAUGGUUCAAUUAGGGUCUUCGAAACCGCCACAUGGCAGCAAAUGGCAAUUCUCCAAGGGCACAACAGCGUUGUCUACGCCAUGUCCGUGUCUCAGAACAAUUGCCUACUUGCGAGUGUAUCAUGUGAUGAAACGGCGCGUCUGUGGAAUCUCGACACCAACUUACCAGUUGAUCAACCCCUCCCACACAAUAAUCGUGUAGAAUGUGCGGCCUUUUCUGCUAAUGGAAAGCUGCUAGUCACUGGUUGCUGGGACCAAAGUGCGUAUGUAUGGGACACCUACGCAAUUCUCGAAGAAGCGGGCCUUCAAGACCUUUUGUCUCAUUUCGAUGAAUUGCAGGGUGGACACGAAAAAAAGGUCGCAGUUGGGAAGUCGUUGAUAGAUUCCGAUGCUCGGCGGCGUCCAGACCAGCUCAAAAAUACUCUUCAAAUACCACGAGAUUGUUUUGAUGACGUUCAAGACGAUGUUCAUUCGCCUGCGAUACGUGACACCUAUGUUCGUUUCCCUGGUCACCGCACUCUCACACCUUCGGAGAGUCCACAUGCACUCCUUGAUGGCAUUUCGUUGCCAUUCAAUCGCUCUCAGCCAAACAAAAUCGAAAUCCAGCACCACCAAAAGCCAUCUACUACCCCUCGCUAUGAUCCUAGUGUCAAUGAGGUUGCUGUAGUCACAGCCAAACAGGCAUUUUUUGUUGCCCCACAGCCGAAGCUACAUUGGGACAAUACGAAACAAGCACAGCAGCCAGGCUCAUCUCAAAAUCAACCCCCGGCGUUACCAUCACGCUCUCAGCCUGCCGCCACCUCCAUACGUCCUCCGUCUGCUACUAGUACUUUUACGUUAGGUGCAACAGGUGCACGUUCAGAAACCGCUCUUAUCAUCAGAAAGCCCACAUGGUGGACUCGUUUCUUGUUCUCUGUCUGCUGUGUAUCUGCUGAACUCAUUGAUGGUCAUCAAUGAAGACAGUACAUGGACGAGUAGUUUAUGUUCAUACCUCGUUCUUUCUACUGCUAUGUUGUAAUUUUUAUCGCUGGCAUGUCAAUACCCAUCCUCACUUUCUAUUCUUGUAUUUGGAUGACUU